AUGGCGGCCGCGGCCCUGCUUCGGGGCGCGGUUCCGGGACGCAGCGGCCCGGCCUGGCAAUGGCGGCUGCGCGCGACCCCGAGGUGUCGCCUGGUCCACGGCUCGGGCCGUCACGGUGACGACCCCACGGGCGGCGCGGCUUGGGCCUACUUCCCGCUACGCGAGCGCGCCUUGCUGCGCGUGCGCGGGCCCGACUCCGCGCCCUUCCUCCUGGGGCUGCUGACCAAUGAACUGCCGCUUCCGGGUCCUGCGAAUGGCGCGACCCCGCCCCCAGCACGGGCGGGCUACGCCCACUUCCUCAACGUCCAGGGCCGCACGCUCUACGACGUCCUAGUCUACGGACUCCCAGAGUGCGAUCGUAGCGAGGUGCCCGCCUUCCUCCUGGAGUGUGACCGCGCGGUGCUGGGCGCCCUGCAGACGCACCUGGGGCUGUACAAGAUCCGGCGGAAGGUCACCGUGGAGCCGCGCCCGGAGCUAUGUGUGUGGUCGGUGCUGCCCUGCACCCCAGUGGAGGCCUGCGGGGCUGUGCCACUGCGGGAGCCAGCCGAGAGGACCACCAUCCUCGCUCGCGACCCCCGGACCGGCUGCAUGGGCUGGCGUCUUCUCACCCAGGAUAAGGGCCUGGCCCUGGUGUCCGGCGGCCAGCUGGGAGACCUCUGGGACUAUCACCGGCACCGGUACAUGCACGGCGUUCCCGAGGGCGUCCAUGACCUGCCCCCAGGAGUGGCCCUGCCCCUGGAGUCCAACCUGGCUUUCAUGAAUGGUGUCAGCUUUAGCAAGGGCUGCUACAUCGGCCAGGAGCUGACGGCGCGCACCCACCACAUGGGUGUCAUCCGCAAGCGGCUCUUCCCGGUGCGGCUGUCAGGCCCUCUCCCAGCAGGUGGCAUCACCCCUGGGGCCUUGGUGCUCACUGAGUCGGGGCAGGCAGCCGGCAAGUACAGGGCCGGCCAGGGAGACGUGGGCCUGGCACUGCUGCGGUCGGAGAAAAUCAAGGGCCCUCUCCACAUCAGGACCUCUGAGGGUGGCCAGGUGGCCUUAACUGCAUCUGUGCCAGACUGGUGGCCCACAGCCACCAAGUAGCACUGGAAGUCCCCUGCCUUCUGUGGGCUCCGGAGCUGCCAGGGGUCAUGGAGGGCCCUGCCUUUGGUUGGCCCCCACUGCCCAUGGUGGUCCCGUUAAUGCACCCCCCUCUGGAGGCCCCCCAGAGCAGUGGGCCCCCAUGGCUGUGGGCAUCGGGGUUGUGCUCCUUGUCCUCUGUGCUUCCCAGAGGGUCUGAUGCCCAGCUUGGGCUGUCCUCUCUGGCUGCUCUGUGGCUGGGACAGGGGGUGGGGGGUGUGUGGGCAGGAGCUAUCCCAUGGCCUGGGGUUGAGGAGAGCAGGCCUGUACCUGCUUCCAGGCUGAGCUGAGUUGCAGCUUCUGCCAGAUGAGGGUGGACAAGACCCCAGCUCUGUGGGUUUGGGGGGCAUUCCGCCAUCAGCCCGGGACAAGGAUGGUCCAGAGCCUUGCCCCUGGGCUGCCUGCACCUUUCCAUCUGGUGUUGGUUGAAAGGACAGGUGGGUUGUGGGAAGUGCCGUGCUGUGUGCAGACUGUGGGGUGCUCCACCUGUGCACCGUGGUCUCAGCAGCAUACCCCUCUUUCCCUGAGCUGCUCAGGGUGCGGGAAGGAGCUUCUGUCUGCUUAAUUUAUGUGCUGCUGUUUUGGGAUGUGGCCGUGUCUGCACAAGAAGAGCUGACUUUCUUCCCUUUUUAAACCACUGACUUCCAUGGUCCCGUGCAAUGUGAAUCUCACAGUCAUGGGGUGUCCCACUUGACACCCUGGCGUGGCUAUUAAAGUGUGACCCAGAAGCA